CUUAAAUUUGGUGGCUGAUAAAAUAAACAGGUGCAAGAUGGCGGGUGUUGGGGAUGUUCGGGAACGGGAUAGCAGUUCACCCUCACCUGUCGACACCCCAGAUAAUCCCGAUGAGAUCAAAGACAGGGCUGCCUUGGAGGAAGAGUUACAAAAUAUUCAAAACAUCAUCCACCUGACUAAGGAAUACAUUGAUGACCUCAACUCUCGAUUUGCUGGCUUCCAGCAUCCUCCUUCCUUAUAUCUCACGGAAUAUACAGAAUUGACCGGAAAGUUGCAUAGAUUUGAAGCUAAGGAACAGGAGAUACUAGAGCAGCUGACUUUGAGUUCCACUACUGAUCAACCACCUCAUACAAAUGGCUGUCAUGAAGAGUUUCCUGAACCUCUGCCACCACCAUCAGAAGACAUUGAUGCAACCUUUCAGGCCACCUCACAAAUCACAAGUAGUAAUGGUAUGUGUGAAGAAAUGACACGGUCCACUCCACAGUCACCACUGCGGUCAGUAGUGCGUGCUCACUUGCCAAACAAGCAGCGAACCACCGUGCAAGUACAACCUGGGCGCACGUUAAGGGAUGCACUGGCAAAGGCUCUCAGCUUUCGAAAACUUUCACCAGACGUUUGCAUUGUGUACAGAAAAACAAAUCCCAAGGUACGGAUGUCGUGGGAUUCAGAUAUUUCCUUGCUGGAAGGAGAAGAGAUUGUUGUGGAGGUGCUCGAAAAAUUUCCCGUCACGACCUCUAUAUCCCACAACUUUAUUAGAAGAACAUUCUUUUCCUUGGCGUUCUGUGAUAACUGUCGAAGACUUCUAUUUCACGGGUUUGUGUGUCGCACAUGUGGCUAUCGUUUUCAUCAGAGAUGUUCUGUAGGAGUACCAACAUUAUGCCAACAGGAUCAACGCAUUACCAACAAUAUUUACCAACAUUUAUUAGCAUCUCAUCAAGAUAACCCAGCAGGAAUAUUAACAACCACGAGUUGGGGUGGUCCUCCAGGUGUCCAACAUCCUCUCUUGGGCCCAUACAAUAGUCAGUACACAAGUCCCUAUGGUGGCCAUUAUAUGGAAGGUUAUCGGAAUCAGUAUCCUGUACAAUGUGUUGGUGGGGGUGGAGGAGGGCAGGCACCACCCACCCUUCCCCGACCUGCCCCAGCACCUCUGGCUCCCCGCGACCGCUCCUCCUCCGCACCCAAUGUUUGCAUCAACUUGGUCAACCCUAGCAACCCUUCAGAUGCUGCAUCUCUAGCCGAAUUUGCACAUAGGAUGGGCAGGAAUUACAAUCCUACAAGUCCAGGGGUCCACUUCUUUGGGUCACCAACCUUCUACCUGCAUGAUGGUGGAAGGGGAACUUGGAGCCCCCCAACUCACAUGACCCAUAUAGCAAUGCCCUCCCCAGGGUAUUCAGCAGGGGGGGUACUGGCACCACCCCCACCCACCAGCCCCACCAGCAGUCCUACUCGACCAGUCCAGGGCUCACAUUCUGCGCAGGCCUCCCCCACUAACACACUCCGGGCUGUUCGGCCCAGAGCUAGAUCAGCCGAUGAGUCUGUUUCAGGUAAAAAGGUCAGACAGUCAUCCAAAGAUACAGUUGAAGACUGGGAAAUUCCUGUAAAUGAAAUAUUAAUUGGCCACCGCAUAGGGUCUGGGUCUUUUGGAACAGUUUAUCGGGGUCACUGGCAUGGUCCUGUCGCCGUGAAAACUUUGAAUGUCCGUGACCCCACACCAGCACAGUAUUCUGCCUUCAAGAAUGAAGUAUCAGUCCUUAAGAAAACAAGACAUGUAAAUAUUCUACUGUUUAUGGGGUGUGUCAAGACUCAACAGUUGGCAAUUGUUACUCAAUGGUGUGAAGGUUCCAGUCUCUAUAAACACUUACAUGUUCAAGAAACUAAAUUUGAGCUUAUGAGAAUUAUAGAUAUUGCCCGACAAACGUCACAAGGCAUGGACUACCUCCACGCAAAGAAUAUAAUCCAUAGAGAUUUGAAAUCAAAUAAUAUUUUCCUACAUGAUGAUUACACGGUCAAGAUUGGGGACUUCGGUCUUGCGACAGUCAAGUAUAUUCUUUUACAGGGUGGCCGAUGGACCCAGGAGUGCCAAGGGGGACGACAAAUCCAGCAGCCCUCUGGAUCAAUCCUAUGGAUGGCACCCGAGGUGAUAAGAAUGCAAGAUGAAAACCCCUAUACCUCUCAAAGUGAUGUGUAUGCAUUUGGGAUAGUUCUGUAUGAGCUGUUCUCUGGCUGCCUACCAUACUCAAAUAUUAAUAAUAAAGACCAAAUUCUGUUCAUGGUGGGUCGAGGAUAUUUGCGGCCGGACAUGACCUACCUUCGUUCAGAUAUGCCCAAGCCAAUUCGUCGCCUCUUUGAUGAUUGCAUUAAAUACAAUCGUGAUGAUAGACCAUUAUUCCCACAGAUCCUAGCCAACAUAGAAUCACUGGUGCGUUCCUUGCCGAAGAUCCAUCGGUCAGCAAGUGAGCCAACACUUACACGCACACACCUCAAUACUGACGAUAUGAUGUAUUUGUGUGCAUCACCCAAGACGCCCAUCAAUUCGGGUGCCUUCUUGUUUUCAACAGCUGGCAAUAUUUAAAUCUUGGAAGGAGGGUUAACCACCCCCUUCCCCUCAGUGCCACACUGUUGUUCCAUGGAGGAUAUUCUGUUAGACCUUGCCAGCUAAACUGUUCCAUGGAGCCAGUCCUUAUCCUUCCCCACUUUUUCCCCAUAAAUUUCAUCAGCUGAUUUGUCAAUAUGGAGCCAAUUCCCAUCUUUCUUUUAUUAAUCUGAGAUGUUCCAAUGAAACCACCUUUUGGCCAUACUAGCUGAGUUUUUGUAUGGAGCGAACCUUGCCAAGAUUCUACCAACUAAAAUGUUACAAACAGCUUACCCAGGCCUUGCCAAAAGCAUUGCUACAUGAACAAUAGUGUGAACAUUUUGAACUUACAAAGCUUCCUCAGGCAUUACUAAGACCACAGCUCCCACAAAUUCAGUCACUAAAUGAACCUUAAUAGAAAAUAUCACCGACCAAGUUAUCCCACUGUGUUCUUUGGUCUUCUCUGUAGAUUUAUAUUAAUUCUGCUGAUACAACUUGCCUAGAGCAACUUUUGUGGACCUGAUCAGCAUUCAAAUGGUCUCUUAACUGCAGUAUUAUUAUCACCUUGAACCUAAGGAAUACCUUUUAUGAUGGAGUCUUAUGGCUGCAUGUAUUAUAAUGCAAACAUAAGGACCACAUCAGUAUCAUUCCAAACUGGAAAUUAAUAAACAAAAAAGUGAACUAUCAUAUUUAAUGUCUUUAAUUCAUGUGAAAAAUAAAACCCUAUUAUUAAACCUACACACACUACUUUCAAAAUAUCUUAUAUCAAGAUAUCAAGAUGAUCAUUUUCUAAACAUUUUUAAGAUGAGUAAAAAUGUCCAAAUUCACUUGUUUCAUCCUACAGAAAAUAUGUCCAGCUGAAAUCAUUGGGCUUUUUUAAGUUUCCUUUGAUAGCAAAUUUUGCCAACUACAGAAAGCUGUGUUUCUACAUAGCAUUCUGUGUGUUUAUAUAGUAAUCUUUAUUUAGAUUCUAUUUUUAUGUGUAGCAGUAUUAACAUUUGAUUAUAUUUGAUUGUUCAGCUGCUCUUCAAAAUGAGUAGGCUCCUAUUUAAACAUAUAACAGUGACUUUGGAGUUCUUCUGUGGAAAUUUUUUUAUAAUUAUAUUCCUCAAGUAAUUAGAUCCCCCACUUAAAGAUCAAAACUCUGUUAUUAAAAACCCUCCUUUAAAUGGCUUACACAUGCUGUUAUAGCCGUAGUGGUCAGUUGCAGAUAAUGAACAAUGUACAUUUAUAGUCAAGUGUCCUGUGUUAAGUUAAAAACUGUGUGGUUGUUGCUUUAUCACUUCCACACCAUUCUUCAACAUUCCAUAUGAUGAUUUGGCAAUAUAUUGUCAAUGAUCUCCUGUGCAGUUGUGAUUGAAGUGUAUUUUUCAAUAUUACCGUGUUAAGUUGUAGUUUGUUUUGUUAGUGUAAUCAGGACAAUGAAUGUUUUUCAGCUAAAAAUAUCUUUGCACGGAUCAGAUAGGCUUUUUCCUUGCAACCCCAGAGAGAGAGAAAAAGGUUUGCUAAUAUUGUAUUCUUAUCGUGAAUGCCGUGCUCCAAGAAACGGUUAUGACAAUAGUCGUGUGACAUGCAGAGGGUGAAGUGGUUGCCUGAGGAAAGCAUACUCAGUAGUUAAUUUGAACUCAAAACCUUUUUUGCAUUUUAAUAUAAUUGAACGUAUAAAAAGUUAUGCCACUUGAAAGUUUUAAGUAUAUGUAAACUAGUUGAAAGUCACCCCCAAGCUAGACUAAAAAAUACUUGACUUACAGAUAAAAGUUUAAGGCCAUGGGGAUUGCAUUUGUGGAUAACAGGAUAAUGUCCACAUUGGUCAGAUGUCAAUACCUUGGAGGUCAUCUGAACAAGUCAGCUAGGUGUGGGGAGCAGUACAUUUGUUUUUAUGUUUUGGGGGUAACAGAUGGUCAUUGUGAAAAUAGCAGACCUGAAUGCCAUCAGGGCUUCAGUACCUCCCUCCCUUACUUUCAAAUUCUUGUCUUUCUUAUCCUUUUUCCUUCACUUUCUCCAAACAGCCUUCUCCUUACCCCCUUCCCAUCCUACCCUAGACGUCACCAGUCCGUGUACAGACUUCACAUUCAGUGAUACUGUAGUGCAGUCAUCCCAUAUUCCAUUACCACAUUGUUUUAUCAUCAUCAAAAUGUUACUCUGUAUCAGCUUUAAUCAUUUUAAAAUAAAAGACGAGCUUCCU